UGUUUUACAUUCAAACUCAUUUCGGCAUCCAACCCUUUUAAAUUAUGUCAAAUAAAUAGUUCUGAUUUAAAGGAGUUUCUCAAGCAAUCACCAUCGCCAUGAAUCAUUAUUGCGCACUGAGCAUGACCAAGCCCGUGCUAUGCGUUGGCAAUCUGUCCAUGGAUAUAAUCACCAUAUGCAAAGAGCAGCCAGAGAAGGGCAAAGAAAAUUGCAGCCUCGAAACGCAUUGGCAACGCGGUGGACACGCGAGCAUUGUCAGCUUUGUGCUGAGUCUGCUGAAUGCGCAAUCCGAGUUCCUGGGCAUGCUCAGUCGAUCGCCGAUCCUGAGUGCCAUCAUCACCGAAAUGCAGGGCAAAGGCAUCGAGAUGAUGCAUUGCCCUAAAACCGAUGAGGAUCCCGCAUUCAGUACUAUCAUUGUGAGCAAAAAGCCCCAUAGUAGCAGCGUCAUCCAUUGCAAUCGAGAGUUUCCGUAUUGUCGCUACAAGGACUUUAAACAGCUGGAUCUCAGCCGAUUUGGAUGGGUACACUUCGAGGCACGCAACGUCAUUGAAACGGUGCAAAUGGUGCGUGCUGUGCUCGACUACAACAAUGGCAAGAAGGAACGUAUACUCACAUCGUUGCGGGUGAAUUCGGGAUAUCACGAGAAUAAGCAUCUCAUCGACAUGUGCGACUUUGUGCUCUUCUCUCGCCAGCUGGCCAUGCAGCAGGGCUGGCAAUCGGCCCGACAAACUUGCCGGCAGCUGGACUUUGAUCUGCGUUUGCCACGCCUUAUCCACAUGAAGCGACCCUGCUUCAUUUGCUCGUGGGGUCCCAAGGGGGCGGGCUGUCUCACCGGGGAAGGUGUCUACCACGAGAUGCCACCAUAUAAGCCGCAACACAUUGUCGACACUCACGGUGCUGGGGCAUGCUUCACGGCCGGCUUCAUCUAUGCCACGUAUAUACGAUCCAUGAGUCUGUCGGAUGCCGUGGAGUUUGCCAAUCGUGUUGCGGGCCAUAAGAUAACCGACUUUGGCUACAAUCACAUUGCCAAGCUCAACAUUUAUCCCAUCGAUGUGACGAAAGCCGCCGAUGUCGAUGUGCCAUCGGCUCAAUACUCUGAGGACAGCGAAGCUGAGGCGGUCAUCUGCAGAAAGUAUCUGAAUCGCAAAAUUAACUAUUCGGAUGGCAAAUAUGCUUCGCAAUUGCUGGAGAAUCCAUUUCUCAAUCAAUAUGCCAAGCCCGAUGCUGAUGAAUCAUCUGAAAAGAAUAUUUAUCCAGCCUACAAAUCCAGUAUGGCGACAAUGAAGUCAUCACUUGUAUCCAAAAGCGUGCAAAUCAAAUUGAAGCGAAACGUUUCGACACCAAACUGAAAAAGAUCUUUCAGU